AUGCAUCAAGUUCAGACGAGUAAGCACCGUGCUCAGGAAGAAAGCUUCCAGGCCUGCCAAGAGUCUAAAGAUCUAGUGGCUGUCCAUGCCACCGUAUCCCAGGAAGCUGAUUGUCCCUUCUCCCCUUUUGAUCAAUUGAAGGAUGUUUUCUGUGGUUCACUUCCCAAAAUACAUAGCAACUCUGAUAGCUCUAGAGCUGAAUCUGCUUCAGACACAAGAUCUAACAAGAGGAUAGUCAAAAAAGUAAAGAAAAAGACAGAAUCUGCUCAAGAUCAAAAAGCUACUGAGAACUCCACAAAGCUUGGAGAUGAUACUGUGAUGUUAUUAGUGCACUAUUUGCUAUACAAGUAUAAAAAAAGGGAGACAGUCAUCACACAGUCAGAAUUGCUGAGAAACAUAGACCAAAUUGAAAAGAAACACUUUACUAAGACAUUGAAGAAAGUCUGUGACUAUUUGGAAUUUUCUUUUGGUCUUGACUUGAAGGUAGUUGGUCCCAGCAAACGCAUCUAUGAACUCAAAAGCAAACUGACAUCAAGAUAUGAAUCAGAAGUAAAUGAUGAGACACAAAUACCUUGUACCAACUUGAUAAUGACCAUCUUGGGUUUCAUUUUCAUGAGUGAUAAUUGUGCUGCAGAAAAACAAGUAUGGGAAAUGCUAAAUAAGAUGGGCUUAUAUGAUGGAGAAGAACAUUACAUUUUUGGAGAUAUUAGGAAGCUUAUCACUGAAGAUUUGGUAGAGAAAGGAUAUCUAGACUAUCGUUGGGUGCUUAACAGUGAUCCCCCACUUUAUGAGUUCUUAUGGGGCCCAAGAGCCCAUGCCGAGACUAGUAAAAUGAAAGUUUUAGAGUUUUUUGCUAAGCAUAAUAACACCACUCCUCUUGCCUACCCAUCCUAUUACAAGGAAGCAUUAAAAGAUGAAGAAGAAAGAUCACGAGCCAGAAUCAAAGCCAGGGCUAGUAUUGCCAUGGCCAAAGCACGCUCCAGGGGCAAGUAUAAAUCCUGUUCUCACUUUUGUAAAAUCUGA